AUGUUCAAGCUGGUUUUAGAAAAGGCAGAGGAACCAGAGAUCAAAUUGCCAACAUCUCCUGGGUCAUGGAAAAAGCAUGAGAGUUCCAGAAAAACAUCUAUUUCUGCUUUAUUGACUAUGCCAAAGCCUUUGACUGCGUGGAUCACAAUAAACUGGAAGAUUCUAAAAGAGAUGGGCAUACCGGACUGUCAGGAAGCAUUUAACAGAGGAACUCUCCGGCCCUUAUUGAUUCCUGAAUAUUCAGGAAUUAAGAGGAGAGGCACGCCUUUCCCGGGGCUGAGGAAUCCAGGCAUUUCUCAUUAUGGUGAUAAGUACCCUCUUCCAUUUUAUGAGCCACACGGUAAAAGAGUACAUCAUGAGAAACGCUGGCCUGGAGGAAACAAGCUGGAAUCAAGAUUGCUGUGA